UAAUUGAAUCUAUGCUCGUCUGGAAAAGGUGGUUUUCUGAAAAAACAAACAACGCAAUUUAUUCUGUAGUGACCCAAUUGAUGAAAUUUAAGAGGGCGAACAGGAGGUAUCUCACCGUCCAUUUCCAAUCUUGUUUUGGUUUUUUUUUUUUCUCACUGGGAGUCUGGGACUGAAGGAAGCAUAGAUAAAGAUAAGUGAGAGAGAGAGAGAGAGAGGUGGUAUAAGGAAGAAGAAGGAGCAGAAGAAGAAGAAUCCACACACAGAACAGGACUUCAACAGGCGAAAAGAAGCCCAACCCGUAAAACCCAUAACAACAAGAGCCUCUCACAACGCGGGCAAGAGUAAUUUCAAUUACUCUAGAUUUAUAGAGAGAAAGAGAGAAGGAUCUGGGAUCUCUUUUGUUUUGGUGAUUUUUUUUCUGUUACCCCGAGAAUCCCUUCUUUGUGCCUGGAGCAGCAAAUCUUUUAAUUUGUUGGGUAGUUUGAGAAAGAUCUUCGGCUUCUUCGUUGUAGUCAGAAUUCUUGAGGUAUGGAGACAGGGGAGAGGAAUCAGACAACGUGUAAACCCUUAGAACCUGAACUUUUCUUACAGUGGGGAAAUAGAAAGCGAGUCAGAUGCGUGAGAGUCAAGGACCAUGAAAUAUCUGCUAGACUAAAUGGUGGAAUACGGAGGAAAAUCACAUCUAGCUUUGCUUCUGAGAAUGAAAGCUUCCAUCUUCAGCCCAAUCGGCUCUCCAGGAGUACGGAGGGAAGUACGCUGCGGAAAUCGGCGUUGCUGGAGAAGGAGAGGUAUUAUAGCACGAGAGGGUCAGUGAUUGUGGAGGAAAAUGGGAAGGUAUCGGUGGAUGUGAAUAAUAAUGGGAUUGGGGAAGAGAGAGGGUUGGCUUUGCCAAAGCUGUGUAUCACUCUGUCGAGCAAAGAGAAAGAGGAGGAUUUUAUGGCUAUGAAGGGUUGUAAGCCUCCACAGAGGCCUAAGAAGCGGGCCAAGAUCAUCCAAAGAAGUGUACUUUUGGUGAGUCCUGGGGCGUGGCUGACUGAUAUGUGCCAUGAGAGAUAUGAAGUUAGAGAGAAGAAGAAUUCUAAGAAGAGACCAAGAGGAUUGAAGGCCAUGGGGAGUAUGGACAGCGAUUCAGAAUGAGAGAUGCGUACGAUGGAUUUGCAGUCGCAGAGGCCCUUUCCUUUGGAAAUUUUUAGAAGCUCGCUUGGAGGUAACAGUGGCGUGUGGCUAACUUAACAGAUGUUUUGUUUUUUGGUACCUUUAGGGUGGAUGGAAGGCUUUUCUGUUGACACGAAAAAUUCUGAUCUAUAGCCGAGAAAUCACUUUGUAUUUUUGUUUUUUUGGUUAUUGUCUCCAUAUUGAUAUAUAGUCUUGGUCAGAUCUCCUCUCUUCGCCCUGUUGAGUGAAAAUAACACUUGCCAAUUGAAAUUUUUAAAGGAUGAGUUUUUCUCUUU